CACAUGCAACAACCCGGUUGAUUUCGUGCACGGCUAUCCUCCGUACGGUCCAAAUACCCACCGCAAAAGAAAAGAAAAAAACAAUACAAAUCAACCUGGAUGGCCCGCGGCAUGGAGGGAUUAGGCGACGAUGGGGACGUGGCCCUCGGCCACCCGCUGAUCGACGACCUCGAGCGUGGGCAGAGGAAGCUGCCGCCGGAGAGAAGGGAUCCACGACCGUCGCCGGCGGCCACAAGACCACCACCCCGUGACAAGUGCGCCUCCUGCAAGAUGUUCACCAAGGGUUUUCUGGUUACCCUGGGGACCGUGUUGAUCACCGAGUUUGUCCUGGGCGGCUUGAUUCCCAAGAGAGCACCGCAUCCCCUCUUGGUGUUGUUAUGUUCGCCCUUUUAUCCUAUUGUCUGUGCUGGGCUUAUCAUGCUGAUUGCCAACUGUGAAACGUCAGAAUCAGACAUUCAGGACGACUAGGUAAAACAGAAAUAGCUAGGCUAGGGUAAGUUGAUGGGAGCUGCUAAACCUCUUCUUCAUUCUCUAGCUAGAUAUUUAGGGGCGUUCUUUCUUGUUGUACUUUAUAGAAUUGUACUUUCUAUAAACAAUUGUAAUACGAUUGUAUUAGGUCACCAAUAAGACGUUUUAUAGGUUACUAAAAGCAGCGAUCUAAAACGUCUUACAUUUAUUU